AAGGGGGCCUGCGGUAAUAUUGGAAGAAAAAAAAAAAGAAUUUUUAGCUGGUGCUGAGCGUUUCCACAUACAGUAACUCUUAUAUCGUCUCCUCGGGGAAAAAGUCAAAAAGUCUACAUUUGCAAUCUGAAUAGUGGAGUCGGUGAAUUAUUAGAGGAGCAACCAUGAUAACGUCUGCCGCUGGGAUAAUUUCCCUUCUUGACGAGGAGGAGCCGCAGCUCAAGGAGUUUGCUCUGCAUAAACUAGACGCCAUUGUGAACGACUUCUGGGCUGAGAUUUCAGGAUCUGUAGAUAAAAUUGAGGUCUUGUAUGAGGAUGAAACAUUUUGUAGCCGAGAAUUUGCUGCCCUGGUGGCCUCCAAGGUUUUCUACCACCUGGGGGCAUUUGAAGAGUCUCUGAACUAUGCUCUUGGAGCUGGGGAUCUCUUCAGUGUGACAGAUGACUCAGAAUAUGUGGAGACCAUCAUCGCCAAGUGCAUCGAUCACUACACCAAGCUGCGGGUGGAGAAUGCCGAGCUGUCUGAGGAUGAGGAGAAGAAGAGCAUCGACCCUCGUCUCGAGGGCAUCGUCAACAAGAUGUUCCUGCGUUGCUUGGACGAUCACAAGUACAAACAGGCGAUUGGCAUCGCCUUGGAGACCCGGCGUCUGGACAUUUUUGAGAAGACCAUCCUUGAAUCAAAUGAUGUGAGCGGCCUCCUCGCCUACAGCCUGAAGGUCUGCAUGUCCCUCAUGCAGAACAAGAAGUUCCGUAACGAGGUGCUGCGAGUGCUGGUCAAACUGUACAUGAACCUGGAGAAGCCAGAUUUCAUCAACGUUUGUCAGUGCCUGAUUUUCCUGGAUGACCCUCAGGCUGUAAGCGACAUCCUGGAGAAGCUGGUUAAAGAGGACAACCUGCUGAUGGCCUACCAGAUCUGCUUUGACCUCUACGAAAGCGCCAGCCAGCAGUUCCUCUCCUCCGUCAUUCAGAACCUGCACACCGUAGGAACGCCCAUCCCCGCCGUGCCUGGCUCCACCAACACAGGCACCGUUCCCACAGCAGAUAAAGACAGUGAAGCAAUGGAGACUGACGACAAGGCCGGAAGCUCACCAGCUGGAAAGGCUGCAGAAACUAAGGAAGAACCCAAAGACCAGAACGCCAAAAUGAUCAAAAUCCUUAGCGGGGAGAUGUCCAUAGAGCUGCACCUGCAGUUCCUCAUCCGGAAUAACAACACAGACCUGAUGAUUCUGAAAAACACAAAGGACGCGGUCCGAAACUCGGUGUGUCACACGGCCACAGUGAUCGCCAACUCCUUUAUGCACACGGGAACCACAAGUGAUCAGUUCCUCAGAGAAAACUUGGAGUGGUUAGCAAGAGCUACUAACUGGGCAAAGUUUACAGCCACAGCGAGUCUGGGGGUCAUUCAUAAGGGUCACGAGAAAGAGGCACUCCAGUUAAUGGCCACCUAUCUGCCUAAAGACACGUCCCCCGGCUCUGCCUACCAGGAAGGAGGAGGCCUGUACGCUCUGGGCCUUAUUCAUGCCAAUCACGGUGGCGACAUCAUUGAUUAUCUGCUCGGCCAACUCAAGAAUGCCAGCAACGAUAUUGUCCGUCACGGCGGAGCCCUUGGGCUGGGUUUAGCUGCUCUGGGAACAGCCAGACAGGAUGUUUACGACCUGCUGAAGUCCAACCUUUACCAGGAUGACGCCGUCACUGGUGAAGCUGCGGGCUUGGCUCUGGGUCUGGUCAUGCUGGGCUCCAAGUCGGCCCAGGCCAUCGAGGACAUGGUGGGCUACGCUCAGGAGACGCAGCACGAGAAGAUCUUACGCGGCCUCGCCGUGGGGAUCGCCAUGGUGAUGUACGGACGCAUGGAGGAGGCCGACGCCCUCAUCGAAAGCCUCUGCAGAGACAAGGACCCCAUCCUGAGGCGAUCUGGCAUGUACACCGUUGGGAUGGCAUACUGCGGCUCUGGGAACAACAAGGCCAUCCGUCGCCUGCUGCAUGUCGCCGUGAGCGACGUGAACGAUGACGUCAGAAGAGCUGCCGUCGAGUCCAUCGGCUUCAUUCUGUUCAGGACUCCAGAGCAGUGUCCCAGUGUGGUGUCUCUCCUGUCGGAAAGCUACAAUCCGCACGUGCGCUGCGGUGCCGCCAUGGCGCUGGGCAUCUGCUGUGCCGGGACGGGCAACAAA